UAAUAUAUAGAGCACUAGAGUUAACUGUUUUUGGGCAAGCCAACAUCAGAGACUUACCAGUGCAUCAACGGAGCUGUGCAAGGCUUUUGUUACACACCGUGUACACAUAUACAGGAAGCAUGUGGGCCGCCAAACUUGCAGCACUGUGCCUUCUGGCUGUGGCCGUCUCAGGCGAGGAGAAGAAGAUGAGUAGCCAUGCAACCUCCAUGGCAGACAAGAGUACUAACCUGGCCUUCAACCUAUACCAAAGCAUGGCCAAAGACAAAGAUCUGGAAAACAUCCUCAUCUCUCCUGUUGUGGCUGCCUCCUCUCUGGGCAUGGUAGCCCUCGGGGGCAAGUCCUCCACGGCCUCCCAGGUCAAAACCGUCCUGAGCGCUGACUCAGUGAAGGACGAGCACCUGCACACAGGCCUGUCUGAGCUCAUGGACGAGGUUAGCGACUCCAACACUCGCAAUGUCACCUGGAAGAUCAACAACAGGCUCUACGGCCCCAGCUCAGUGAGCUUCAUUGACGACUUUGUCAAGAAUAGCAAGAAGCACUACAAGUAUGACCACUCCAAGAUCAACUUCCGCGACAAGCGCAGUGCCAUUAGCUCCAUCAACGAGUGGGCUGCCAAAUCAACUGAUGGCAAGCUGCCUGAAGUCACCAAAGAUGUGCAGAACCCUGAUGGAGCCAUGAUUGUCAAUGCCAUGUUCUUCAAACCUCACUGGGAUGAGAAAUUCCAUCACAAAAUGGUGGAUAACCGCGGCUUCCUCGUGACCCGGUCCCACUCAGUGUCCGUUCCCAUGAUGCACCGCACCGGUCUCUAUGGCUUCUAUGAAGACACAGAGAACAGGCUAUUUGUGCUGAACAUGCCUCUGGCUCACAAGAAGUCCAGCAUGGUGCUCAUCAUGCCCUACCACGUGGAGCCUCUGGAAAGGCUGGAGAAGCUACUCACCCGUAAGCAGCUGGACACAUGGAUGAGCAAGCUAGAGGAGAGAGCUGUGGCCAUUUCUUUGCCCAAAGUCAGCAUGGAAGUCAGUCACAACCUUCAGAAACACUUUGCUGAGCUUGGUCUUACCGAAGCUGUGGACAAGUCCAAGGCAGAUUUGUCCAACAUCUCUGGCAAGAAAGAUCUCUACCUUUCAAACGUCUUCCAUGCCUCUGCCCUGGAGUGGGACACUGAGGGCAACCCGUUCGACACUAGCAUCUUUGGCACGGAUAAGCUCAAGAACCCCAAACUCUUCUAUGCUGAUCAUCCAUUCAUCUUCCUGGUGAAAGACAACAAGACCAACUCCAUCCUCUUCAUCGGAAGGCUGGUGCGGCCCAAAGGAGACAAAAUGAGAGAUGAAUUAUAGUGACCAACUGCAAGCACAGCUAGUCUUAUCUAUUUUUUUUGUGUAUUUUUUACUGGUUUUGAAGAGGGAGGGUAGGGUGUUGUAUUUGUGUUUCUUUGUUUUCAGGUCAAAGAUAUCAUUUCUAUGGUGUCUGUUACCUCAUGAGCACAUUCCAACAAACAGUCUGUGACAAUCAGUGCCAGCUGUACUCAGGAGUCCAUCUAAGGGAACAGGUGUGUUCAUAUUUGCGUAAAUGCCUUUGGAAUAUAAAAUUUCCUAGAGCAGAUGCAUCCCACAUCCUUCCUAUUUCCUCCCAGACUUUCCAGCCCCACAAGUUCUUCAAGAAGUUGUACAUCAUUGGGAUUCAUAUGUCAGUCAUCAUACUUACAUUAAGUAUGAUGGCAGAUUAGGUAUUGCGUGAUGUAUCUUCCAGUGUUUUGUUUUGUUUUAAUUGUUGAGUUUUUGACAUCUGUGUGGGGUUUUUUUUGCCUUAUCUUUAAUGUUUAAAGAGAAAAGGAUUUUUGCACAAAUGUUUUCAAGCUUAAAUGUUCUAUGCUUCACCCUUCAAAGAGCAUUCCUUUUGUAUUCUUGCUACUUGUCGUUUUACCUUCUGCACUGAAAUGGUUGAUUCCUCUGCAC